AUAUAUUGUUUCAUUAUGGUUUCUCGAAUUCCAUUUUGGGGGUUUAUGGGAUACGAUUUUGUUGAAUCUGGGUAUCGUUUGUCGAUUCCUUGAUUAAAGGUUACAUGGAUAUCAGUUUUGUCACUUCUGAUACUUAUUCUGGUCAUUUUUUAUAUUGUUUCAGUGAAUGGGGAGACCGAAAAAGAACUCAAAGCCCAACAAUGAGGGAGAAGGAUCAACAAAGCAGCCACCGGAUGAACAACAACCACAGGAACAACCCGUGAGGAAGAAAUCCAAAACUGUUGCACCAAAAUCUGCAGCGAAAUCUCGUGAAGCAGCUGGAUCAUCACAGCAGCCGCCGGAUGAACAACCACCAAAGGAACAACCCGGGAUGAAGAGAACGAAAAUGGUUGCAUCAAGAUCUCGUCAAGGAGAAGGAUCAAGGCAGCCGCCGCCUGCUAUUCCAGAAGUUGAGGAGGAAGAUGAGGAAGAAGAUGAUGAGGGAGAGGAUCCCUGCGGCUCAUAUUUCAGAUUUCGUGGCUCCACCUAUUCCCUCUUCAAAAUUAUAAACUACUUGAAACAAGAUGUUGGA